CUUGGCUUCCUUCCUCUUUUUUUUCCCCUUAUAAUUCAUUCUCUCUUGCUUGUUAACUAAUGUUAAUGGCGGCUCCGGAAGCGAAUGUCAACAUGAAAGCUCAAAAGAAAACAAAGAAGCGAAAGCAAAGAAGCCCCGAGGAAACCGAAAGGCUUUCCAAAGCGCAGAGAAUCGAACUGAGAACAGUGGAAGAUGAUACAAAAUCAGAGCAGAGAGACUCCCAGUCCAACGAGUUUGAAUUCUCCCCUCCAUGGAAGAACCUUCAGUUGAUUUUAUGCAUCCAAAACAAGCAUCUUGAUCUCCAGAGGAAGAUCGAAUUAGCUUUCAGUUUUGUGCAAUCAAGAAUUGAAGACGGUGAUGGCACUGUUCAGGAUCGUGAAACAAUAAAACUGCCGAGACUAUUAUAUCUCCUUAAUGAUUGGAUACAGUCACUGUUGAUUUCCUUAGAUACAAAAAUUUGAGUGACGGAAAAAGAUCUCAGGUGGGAGUUGAGGCAUAUAUGGAUCUUCGUUGUUGGGAGAUAUUCAGGUUCUGCUUGCAGGAGUCUUUGAAGUUUAAUGUUUCUCUGAAUAUGUCUCGGCAUCUCCUACGGCCUGUUCAUUUUAUUGUUCAAAAUGCUCUAUCACUGCUGGAGGGUUCCUCCAUCUGCUCAGGAGAAUCUUUUAUAUCUGGUGAAAGGUACAAAUUAUAUGGUACUGCUCUUGAUUGUGUUUCAUUGGUAUUCUCGUCCCAUGGUGGGUUGUCAAAUGAAAAUUUGGAGUUAUGGGUUACAACAACUUGUAUACUCCUCGAGCUUGUCCAAAAAAUGUAUAUCAAACACCUUGAUAAGAUCAAUAUGGGUGAAUUUGCUAUACAUUUUCUGUGUUUGGUGCUUCAGCCAUUCUCAAAGUUUUUGAGGGUUCAUCCAGCUAGGAAAAAUGGAUUUUAUAAUUUUGUGGAUAGACUUCUUGAGCCCCUGUUGCAUUUGUUGGGUGAGUUGAAGCUUCAGGUAAAUGGAAGCAAUAGCCCUUGGACAGAGAAGUUGUUGAAGUUGGUGGAAGAAGUUCUUUCUUAUGGAUUGUUUCAUCCAGUACACAUUGAUGGAUUCUUUAGCUUACAUGGUGUAGAGAUGUAUGUUGCUUCAUGUGAUGAUAAAUCAAAAGAUUCAAGAGCAGUUAUUAUGAGUUAUCAUAGACAUUUAUUUGAUGUAUUGAGCAAAGUUAUAGCAAGAAAAAACACAACAGCAAUAAGUAGCAUAGGUUUUUUAUUUCACUUGUAUGUCAAUGCGGCAAGAAAGUUCAAGAGAACCUCAGUGCUGCACGAAGCAACUAAGAGAAUGGAGAGUACAAGAGAUACAAGGCAGCUAGAAUCAGGGGAGAAUAGCUCAAAUAACAUGUCUUCUGACACUCAAAAAUCGCUCACUAAUUUUUUGGUUCACAUUAUGGAGCCUUUGUUACUUGAGAUUGAUAAAUAUACUCAAGGUAAACUUGAUGGCAAACUCAUGUUGGCAGGGCCUCAUGGUAUACUAAAAUCUAUUAGUAACUUGCUUGCUAGUUUUAUGCAAGAGAAGGUGUAUGUGAGGACAGAGGACAUGACUGGAGGAGCUUGUCUUAAUUUCUUGAAGAAAAUAUAUAAUGUACUAAUGUCAUGUUCUGCCACUUUGCUAUGCUUUUCCAACUAUGAUGUAAGUAACAGGAUAGAAAUGGAAAGGCUUACUUUAUCAGUUAAUGAGAUCCUAGUUGCAAUAGGGUAUCUUUUGGAAAUUGAAUAUGAGGUUAUUGGAGAAGAUUUGGUGAACUUAUGGUUUACAAUGUUAUCAUGCUUAGCAAUCAGGGGGACUUUUAUGGAUGCCCUUGAUCAAUGUUCAUUAUCUUCCAGCAUAUCAGGCUUGGGGAGCCAAAUAAUCAAUCUCUAUAGUCAACUUCGCCAGGUGGACAUUGCUAUUUUAGCAUUGUGCAAAGCUAUUAGACUUACCAUACAUGAUGAGGCUAAUAGUGAAGAAACUUCAAGGUUUUUGACGUCUGUAUCUAAUGAAGUUCAUUCACAAUCGGUGGACAGGCUACUAUCUUCACAGGAGUUCACUAAUGCCAUUCAUAAGGCUGUUCAAUCAAUUCCAGAAGGGAAUGUGAGUGGUUGCAUUCGACAUUUAACAGAUGAUAUAUCUAAAUCUCUUAUGUGGUUAAGAGAAUGUUCUUCAUUUGUUGUUGGUGAAAAAUUUAAUAAACGACAUGUACAACGCACCAGGGAAGUUUUUAAUCUGCGAAUGGUGAUUCUUGGUAGAGGUUUGUCUAGGCUGUAUUCAUUAGUUCUCGAAUCACUCACUAUCACUGAGGGAAACAGUAACCUGAUUGGAGGUUCUAUAAGAGAACUAAUAGAGCUAAUGCGUCCUUACUUGAGUACUCUAGUACGACAACAAUCAAAUACCAUAUGCAACUUCCUUUCAAAUGUCAUGGGAAAUACUGUUGAUCAGGUGGCUGGAAAGAGAAAAAUUCUGAAGAAAUUUGGUAGUUCCAGUCAAUGGGUCAUUCUGUUCUUUUUUCAGUUGCUUGUGUUGUGCCGAAGCUUACAUAGGCAAGCAAUCAGCCUUAUGCCUCCUGCUUUAUCUAAGAAGAUGUCUGCUGAAGUGGGGGACUUCAUAGCAUACUCUGCUCGUGAAUUGAUGGAGAGGAUUGAUGGGAGAGACAUGGGAUAUUUUUCUUGGAUUGUUCAACCUUCUGCUUCACUUCUUGCUGUUAUGCAAAAUAUCUCUGACAUCUAUCUUGAGGAUUGCUCACCUGACAGUUCUCCUUUACUGUACACAUUACACUCUAUGACUCUUCAGAGGCUUGUUGACUUGAACAGGCAGAUUGUUUUGUUCAAGUAUUUGCAAAAUAUUCAUUAUAAUUCACGAAUCGAGGCAUUAGAAGAAGAGGCAGUUGGACUUACCAAUUUUAUGAUGGAGAACCUAUCAUGUGUAUAUCAAUCACCAUUCUUCUGUUCUGAUGAAGUAAAUUGUGAAGAUUUAACCUCCCAAGAUCCUCAUGAAACCAAUGGAUGGGAUCUAGGAAUAUGUGUUGCAUAUGAUGAGUCAUUGCCAAUGGCCAUGUGGUCAAAUCUUUGCAAAAAUAUUGAUAUUUGGGGCAAUCAUGCUUCCAAGAAGCAGUUAAAGAGGUUCUUGAGACACCUGCUUCGUACUUUCCUUCACGGUGUUACAAACAGUUUCCAGGAGCUUGGCUCACUUGAGAUUGAUAAGGGUAGAAGGGUCAGAGGAGUGACUUUACCACAGAUAUCAUCGGAACUUUUAAGCUCUUCAAUUUUGUAUGAACAGAAAUUUACCCGCAGGAAUCUGGCCAAAAGGAUUUGCUGUGCUCUAGAGAAAUCUGUGCUGCCAUUGUUUAGUAAUAUUAAAUGUUCAGAUGUCAAACUUCAGAGAUCACUUAACUGGCUUGAGUUUAUAAAUGAUCUUGACAACUCAGUGAUUGUUGUUGAUGGAAAAAAGGACUCUUCAGUUGAUUGUUCUCCAGUUCAGAUGUCAAUAGCUCAAUCACGUGACAAGGUGCCUGCAGAUUUUGGCAGAGAAGAAAAGGCCUCUCCUCUCAUCAGCAAAAGUUUUGCAAUUUGCCACUGCUUGCUAAACUUUUUAUGUUGGAUUCCAGAUAUAAAUGCAAGAUCAUUUUCACUUUAUGUUACUUGUAUAUUCAACCUUGAAAGGCUUCUUGUCAGUUCCUUGUCGCACUUUCAGGAUUCGGUGAACCAGGAUCAUUAUUAUGAGUUCUUAAGAUUAUUUGUUUCCUGCCGAAAGGCAUUAAGGUAUAUGAUAACGGGAUUUUGCAAGAAAGCAGAAGUGGAUCCAUUUUUACCAAAUUUAAUCAUUUCUGAGAGUACAUUUCCUGUUUUUUGGCUUUUCAAGUCAGUUUCUGUGAUUCUGGGGCAUAUAGAGAAAUUCUCAGCUAGAGAUACUACUCUUCUUAAAUUUAUGGUUUUCUCUUUAAUGGAUCAUACAUCAUAUGUCUUGUUGGGGAUAGGGAAAUAUCAAAUCAUUCACGCACUUUCUACUGAUAAAGAAGCUGAGAAGCCUAGUGAAGAGAUGUCCAGUUACCGAAUUGUUCAUGACAAAAGUCAUUUACUCCAAUCUUCCCUGUCUGUCACUUGUUGCAAUGGCUUUGAUGCAUUAGCACCCCCAUCCUCGUCAGCUGUUGCUUCUGUUGAUCUCCUUGAGUUUGAUGCAGUGAAAAGUUUAACUUUCAUAACCGACAAUUUGAAGGACCAGAUGCAGAGCUUGCGUGUUUCUCUAGAAGAUGCUCAUUCUGCCGGCAGUGUGGGAUUUGGUAGUUCUCUUGAAAAUAUGAAUAAGGUGUCUUUUACAGUUUCUUGCUUAAGUGGAAUUUUGUGGAGCUUUGCCUAUGUGAUGGACCAUGCACAUGUGAAAGGAAGUGAUCAUGAAGAAGUGUGGAUGUGGAACAGCAGACAUAUUUCUAAUGUAAAUACUUGUACAUAUGCUCUUGUGGAAGUAGUUGAUUUUUCUUCACAUAAAUUGCUUUCUGAUAAGAAUCAGCCCUCCGAAAGCUUAUGUUCAUUGGGGGCAAAUUGUUUUACCCUUGAAUCCUCAUGUACUAAGGCUGAUGCCUCAAGGGGUAUUCAACAAAAAUAUAAAGCUGCAAUUACUUCCUCAGGUUCGUCAUCCCUUGGUGAUGGCUCUAAAGGUGCCAGUAACCCAGAGGUAUCGCUGGAGCCAGGAUGUGAAAACUCCAUUGCAAGUAUUUUGGUUAGGGCUGAUUCCUUGAAGCCUGAGGGUCUCAAUAAGCCUUUGUUACAAAGCUUGCUAAAUGGUGAUCACCCUGAAGUGGCUUUCUUACUAAGGCAACUUUUAAUUGCUUCUGCAGUUCUUUUGAAACUUUAUUUGCAGAAGGAUAGCUCUUCCUUGCUGUCAAGUGUUGUGCCUGCUUUUAUUGAAAUUUCACAAGUCUUGUUAUUAGAAUUUAUAGAGAUGGCUGAAGUCCCUCAACAACCUGCUUUCCUUUUGUUAGAUGGUGUUCUGAGUUAUCUGAGGGAAUUAUCAAGCUAUUUUCCUUUCUCUGAUCCUACCUCAUCCAGGAAAUUAUAUACUAACUUGAUAGAGUUAUACCUGAGGGCAAUAGGCAAGACUAUAUCUUUGCAAGGAAAACAAGCUACUCUAACCUUUCAUGAGAGACAGUCUAUUGCCAAGAAACUUCAGGAAAGGUCAUUUGAGGAACAUUCUUCAAGAGAAUUGUACUGCUUUUGCUUGAAUGAAUUUAAAGCUAGGUUGCGGUUGGCAUUUAAAUCGUGUAUAGAGAAGCCAUCGGAGAUGCAUCUCCUCUCUGCUAUACAGGCCGUUGAAAGAGCUCUAGUUGGAGUGAGAGAAGGAUGCACUAUGAUCUAUGACAUAAAUACAAGCACAGAUGGGGGGAAAAUAUCCUCAGUUGUUGCAGCUGGCAUUGAUGGAUUUGACAUGAUUCUUGAAUUUGUCUCAGGUCGUAAAGGCUUGAAGUUGAUCAAAAGACACUUUCAGUGCUUAGUAGCUGCUAUUUUCAAUAUUAUUCUACAUUUACAGAGUCCGCUAAUUUUUUAUGGGAAUUCAACAUCAAAUGUUGUCAAUGGUCCAGAUCCAGGAGCAGCAAUUCUUAUGUGUGUUGAAGUACUAAUUACAAUUUCAAGGAAACAUGCUCUGUUCCAGAUGGAUUCAUGGCAUAUAGGCCAUCUGUUACGUAUCCCUGCAGCACUCUUUCAGAAUUUUCAUCAGCUUAGAGUUUCUAAAGGUUCUGGCUCAUCAGAUCCUUCGAUGAUUUCAGAAGAGCAAAUUUCUCAUCGAGUAGAAGCAGUGAACUUAUGUCAUGUCGAUCGCCAGUUCUCAUUAAACCUAUACGUUGCAUGUUGUCAACUGUUGUGCACCACCAUUAAGCACCACCAAAGUGAGUGCAAGCAUUGUGUUGCUCAUCUCGAAGCUUCUGUUACCGUACUUCUUAACUGUCUUGAGUUGGUACAUGAUAAGGGUCUCUUUUCAUGGGAAGUAGAAGAGGGAGUAAAAUGUGCUUGUUUUCUUCGAAGAGUUUAUGAGGAGGUAAAACAGCAGAAAGACUUGUUUAACCGGCAAUGCUCUCUGUUUCUGUCUAACUAUAUAUGGGUUUAUUCAGGAUAUGGUCCCAAAAGAAGUGGCAUCAGAAGAGAAAUAGAUGAAACUCUCAGACCGGGUGUCUAUGCUUUAAUAGAUGCUUGCUCACUUGAUGAUCUUCAAUAUCUUCAUACUGUUUUUGGAGAGGGACCUUGCAGAAACACUUUAGCAGAUCUGCAGCGUGAUUAUAAAUUGAAUUACAAAUACGAAGGAAAAGUGUGACUCGCAAAUUUUUUGAUCCUGGUAAAUUUUUGCUCUUAAUCUUGCUUAGUUCUUCCUACUCACAUUGAUCCAUUUCCACCUGAGAUGGCAGUAUGCCGUGUACUUACUAUGUUUACUUAGAGCAUGAGAAACCUGAUUUAUGCCACAAUUUUAGGGUUCAAAACCAGAGAUCUUAAGCCUACCUCCGCUAAAUGAGGUGAACAAUUUUGUCUAGAUCAUUAUAUUGAUAGAGAAUGUGUGAAAUAUUUGCAUGGGAGAGACAGAACGGAAUUGUACAGAAAGUAUGGACGAAUGUAUUUAAGGUAUUAAUUUUAUACAGAUAAUCUUUUGUUAAAUCUAUGUACGGAUAGUUUGAUAUAUGAAUCAACUGGAUACCUCUUUUUUGUUGGUUAAUUUUUUGCUAA